GAAUUGGAUACGGGCUAGGCUACGUCAGAUGAAUUCCGGAGGCUGUGUCGUGAUUUAGUUUUACAACUUGGGUCUUGUGAUGUCAAGUCACGAGCAAAACUCAUUUCCAGCUCGCCACAUGGAUAUUGAAGGAGAAGUACUCAAUGUCCAGCAGAGGGUAGGGGAUCUGGAGUCCUCCCUGCAGGCAGUCCUGCAAGAAAAGAAACUUCAAGAGGAAGACUUCGCUCAAAAGAGAGCAAAGUUCAAAGAGCUAUACUUGACCAGAGAACAGGAAUUGAUCAAAGAGGUGGAUAACAUCAGAGAGGAGAAGGAUAGAUUGAGCGAAGAAUUGGCUGGUCUAAAUACAGCUGCAUCUGUCAUCGAGAGUAGCAAAGAUGAAGAAAUUGCGGAGAUCAAGCAAAAAUGGACUGACGAGGUUGCAUCACUCCAACAAAUUGUUUCACAUACAGCAGCAAUAACUGCUGAGGAGACUGCAAUGACGUACCUUAUGGAACGAGACAAACUCCUGGCACUCAAUGACAAACUCACACAGGAGCUUCAAGAACUCAGCCAGUAUCCAGCCGGGGAGAAAACGAUGACGUCUUCAGGCAGUGCUGGCCUUCUGACGAGUAUGACAAAAUCAUUCCGCAACUUGACCAGCACCACCACCAGUCCAUCUCCUACCAGGGAGGAAAAGCCUUCUCUACCACCGACCCCAGUCUCCCCAUCAGCACAAGAUAAUCUGGAACAGAGUAUGCUCAAGGCACAGAAAGAUUCAGAGAUGCUUCGAGCUGUUGUAGUUCCCCUGGAGCGAGAGAUAGAGAGUCUCAAACAAAAGUUAUCAGAUGUUGGCAGUGACAACAGACGUCUACACGCAAGGCUUAAGAAAGCUACUGGGAGUAAAGACUACAGUGAUGCUGUACCAACGCCUGAUCACUAUGGCUACGAGGUCACCAAGGAUGACAUUGAUAUUCUCAAUGAGAAGAUCAGGGAUUUGAACAAGGUGUUAGAGACGGAGAAAGCCGCCAGGACAGACCUAGAGCUUUACGUGGCUGUGCUUGGUAAACAGAAACAUGUCAUGCAGGAUGAAGGUGAUCAGAUGAGAGAUGAACUCAAAGAUGUGUGCAGUAUUCUAGAGCAAGAGAAACAAGCCCACUCUCAGCUUCAGCAGACUUGGCAGAUGGCCAACGACCAGUUCCUAGAAUCCCAGAGACUCCAGAUGAUGGACAUGAGGAGGAUGGAGAGCGUCCUGACGGAGGAGCAGCAGAGACAGAUUGGCGAGGUCCUGAAGAAGGACCAGGAGCGCGAGGAGCAGGAGAAGAAGGUCAGGGUCCUGCAGGAGAAGCGGGAGAGCCUAGAGAAGAGACAUUCCAAGGAAACUGCAGAGCAAGAACCUACCCAGCAGGUACCACCCGCACAAACCAACUCGUCUUUGCUGCUGAGCAGAGACGACAUCGAGGACAGCGACGACGCCCUCCUGGUCCCCUCCUCCAUGGACACGCCCAACAGCUCCACCCCCUCCAGGCUCCACCCAUCCAUCAACUUUGUCGGCCCCAACGUCGACCCGGAAGAGCUCUUGCAGUUCGACACCACUGAUUCGUCCGGUGGAGCGAAGACGACGGUGCAUGGCAGCAUAUCGGAGAUAGGCGCGCAGAGUGGACACAACACGUCUGAUAUGCUGGGCACCAGUUAUGAUUCUGUAUCACUAUGUUCGAAUAUCAGUCUAACGGAGGCACAGGAAAGAGCUAUCUCAGGAACCCCUGAAUCUGAAGAGAUGAAGAGUGUUUUAGCCAGUGCUCGGUCCAAGACUGAUCUCUACUCCCUGCUGGCAGGCAAGAGGGUCGUCAGUGAUACGGAAUGGACAAAACUACAGGAAGAGGUUCGGUUUGCUAGAGAGAAGCUGGGCAGACCAUGCGACUUGUGUACCAACUAUGAGCAGCAGCUGCAGAGUCUUCAAACCAAGUAUUCAGAAUCCUUGGAGGGUUCAAGAACCCUUAGACAGCAACUCGAGCAGGAGAUAGACAAUGUAUUGAGAGAGCAGAAGAUUCGUUCAGAGUUGGAGGAGAGCUUAAAGAAUGCUGCAGAAGAUGCACAGAUACAGAUCAAAACACUAACCACCAAGAAUGGAGAGUCAGAGGAACUCUUAUCAAAUCUUAGACUCCAAUAUUCAAAAUCACAAAAUGAGAUACAUUCCCAAAUGCAAAUCCUAAUUGAGUCAAGAGAACAACUUUACCAAGAGGUAAUGAAAUUACAGAAAGAGAACGACAGUCUCAGUGCCAAAAGGUCGUUGCAUCAGUCACUUCAGAGCAGUGAGCCAUUCGACUUGCCAACAUCUCCACAGGAGCUUUCCCAUCUGUGCAUGAAGUACCGUGACGACAUCAUCACGGUCCGAGUAAAUGCUGACCACACCGAGAGCUCACUGCGAAGCGAGCUUAGCUUCACCAAGGAGCAGCUAUCAUCAGAGCAGCAUCAACGCAUGACCAUGGAAGACACCUACCAGACGGAGCUGGACGAUUACAAGGAAGAACUACUUGUAUUCCGGAACUUGAGGGAAGAAUAUGAGAAAGAGAAGAAAGCCAGAGGAGAGGUGGAAGAGACCUUGAAAGAGGUCCAGGAAUCUAAGAAAUCUAUGCAGGGCAAGUCCAAAGAGGUCAUCACCACACUUAGAGAACAGGUGGAAGAAUUGUCAGCCCAUAAGGCAAAUAUAGAAGCCGAUUUGCAGGAUAGGAGGAACAAGGUUCAGAACCUCCAGUUAGAGCUAGAAAACUCAGAGGCUGUGCAGAAAGAUUUUGUCAAAUUAUCACAAUCACUACAGGUUCAGCUUGAGAUCAUUAGACAGAAAGACAAUGAGGUCAGAUGGCAGCAUGAAGAUGAUGCUGAUAAGUGCAAUAAUUGUAAGACAGCCUUUGGAUCAAGCAAAAAGAAAAAGAACCACUGUAAGCAUUGUGGGAAGUUGUUCUGCGCAGACUGUGUGACCAAGUCUGUUGAGAGUGGGCCGAGGAGGAGGAAGAUGCCCGUCUGUGAUGUCUGCCAUACACUGCUGGUCAACGAGUCAGCACCUUACUUUAGCAAAGAAGCGCCGGACAACACGUAGCAGAGCCAGCCCAGUAGUAGAAAUAGAACCAGUAGAAUUCUUAUUGUAGACAUAGAAUAUACAGUGCGGCCCAGAAAAAACGAAACCGAGAAUUAUUGAUGUUUUAUCAUAACUUAAUCACAAUUAUAAUUAAUAAAUGACACAUAUUUG